UUCCUGUCGCUAUUUUUCUUUCUUACUUCUCCUAUCUGUGCAUUUCUCCCCUGUACCUCUGCUUCUCCCCCUCCUCUCUCUCGCUCGCUCUCGAUCUCUCGCUCGCUCUCCCUCGCUCUUUCGCUCUCUCGCUCUCGCUCUCUCCCCUUUCCCUCUCCCCCCCCCCAUUUUAUCUGUUUUUUGGUGGUGUUCUGUCCUUGUCUCUCUCUUUCUCUGUUCCUUUGUCUCUCUGUCUCUCCCCCUUUCUUUCUGUCCUUGUUUUGCUCCUGUUUUUCUAGGUCUCUUGAUCUCUCUCUCUUUUUUUUUUUUGCCUCUGUCUAUGUCUUUCUCUAACUUUUUCUCAAUCUCUGUGCGAGUCCCCGUCUCCCGAUCUAAGCCAAGGCGGGGGUUUGUCUCCAAGGCAGUUGUCACUGUGCGUCUCUGUCCGUGCGCUGCUCUCUCUCAGAGCCCCCACCUGCUGUUCCGUUGCCCCAGCUCCAGGAGCGUCAGGAAGAGAAGCCGGGGUGGGGGUGAGGAGGGAUCGGCACAGGGGUGUCUGUGCCCUCUGUUGGGCCCUUCUCGCCUGUCUCACGUGCUCGCACCUGGCUCCUUCGGGAGCGCCCCCGCCCUCCUCAGUCGCCCCGCCCGCCUGCUCUCUAGCCCCGCGGGGCUGAGCCCUCCCCGCCUUUCCUGGCACUGGGCAUGCCCCAAGUCAGAGCUAUAUAAAGCCCGGGCGCCUUUAAUCCCCGGACAUUGGUAUCAAGCCCAGGGCAGCCCAGGCCAGUCCAGGCCCACGAGCCGUGCCGCCCCCUGCUCACCCAGGAGCUCCAGGGGCUGCACGUACCUUGCUGAAAUCCUCUCUCUCUCACUCAGCCUCUUCUUCUGCAAGAUGCUCUCCCUAGAUCAGCUGCGCCCAGAGCUGGCCCACCCCGUGGCUUUCAAGGACCCAGAGGAAGAAGGGAAUGGGGAACAGCACGGGAGCCCAGAGCUGCCCCCCAGAGGACCCCUCCUGGGUUCCUGGCACCAGGAUGUCAAUCUGACCUGUAAGAGUGCCCCCGAAGAGGGCGUGGCCCGAGCGUGGACCAUCUUCCACUACAACCUGUUACAGAGCUGUUUGCAGCAGGCAGGACUGCCUGAAACUGUGGACCGCACCCUACAGCCUCACCCAGGCUGCCCAGGGGUGGAGGUGACCAUGUGUGUGUUGGGGUCCCCCAGUUCCUUCUUCUCUGUGCUGCUGGAGGGUGGGGCACAGAGCCCAGGAAACCUGCUCUUGUGUCUAUCUCCAUCCUGGCUGACCAAAGUGCCCAUGGCUGGAAGGCCAGGGGAAUUCGCCCUUCUGGUGUUGAAAGCUGUGACAUUCCAUCCAGGGGGGCUCACCUUCCUGGAGGAGUUUGCCCCACCACGGCGGGUCACCUACUUCCUAGGGGAGUUGGGACCGAGGGCUGGCCGAGGCCGAGAGGUGGCAGAGCUGAGCAGGGAUUUGGGCUGCCCCACAGGGAGCUCAGCAGAGCUAGCCCGCCUUCUGGAGGACCGGCUACUUACCAGGCAGCUUCUGGCCCAGGGCGACAAGGUGGCUGUGCCUGCCACCCUGGCCUUGACAUACAAGCCCUCCCAGCAGCUUCGGGGCCAGGUGUGGGCCCAGAGUCUUCGGUGGGUGGAGCUCAGUGACAAGGAGGGGCAGGAGGGGCUGGUGGAAGAGGAAGUGGAGACCUUUCUCCGCCUUGGAGCCCUGGAAGAGGCCCAGCAGGUGGCAGUAAAGCCUGGGGGCUGGCGCUGGCGUGGGUCCCAGGCCAUGAGCCUGCAUCCCAGGGCAGAACCAGGGGCUGUGAUACAGGCUGUGCUGGCCCUCUUAGAGAAGCUGGAGGAAGAGGAGAGUGUGCUCGUGGAGGCCGUGUGUCCUCCAGCCCAGAUCCAGCAUUCUGAUGUCCCUGGGAGCCUCACUCCCCAGCCAGAGCUGGCCAUUCGGGCUUGUGCUGUCGUGUGCAGGACCCAGGGUGAUCGGCCUAUGAUGAGCCAGAUGGUGUGCAGCGUGGGCCGUCCGGAGCAGCCCCUGAGGCACCAGGUCGCCCUGACGCAGAGCCUGGACACUGCCCUGGCCGCAUUCGGGCUGAGAGAGCCAGCCGCCGUGGAAGCUCUGCGGCGCCGCGUGCAGCAGGCAGCCGAAGCUGCUCUGGGAGCGGUGAUAGAGUUCGAGGCCUCGCUGACGCCUGAGCAGCGAGGCGGGCGCCAAGCGCAGACAGACAUCCUCGGUGUGGACUUGGCGCUGACGCCCGUGGGCCCCGGAGGCUCACUGAGCCCGGUGCUCCUGGAGCUUAAUAGCUGCCUGUGCCUGGAAGCCUGCGGGCUUCUGGAGGGACAGUGGGCCCGGCGGGGCCGGUGUUCCCAGUGGGCGGCCGCGGGGCCCCUGGUGGAGACCAUGCUGCGUCGCUCGGCGCGCCACCUCAUGGAGGGCAAGCACCUGCUGGUGGUGGGCGCCGGUGGUUACAGCAAGAAGUUCGUAUGGGAGGCGGCCCGGGACUACGGGCUCAAGCUACACCUGGUAGAGUCCGAUCCCAACCAUUUUGCCUCUCAACUGGUGCAGACCUUCAUCCACUUUGAUGUGACAGAGCACCGGCGGGAUGAGGAGAAUGCCCGCCACCUGGCAGAGCUGAUUAGAGCUCGGGGCCUGCAGUUGGAUGGCUGCCUCUCCUACUGGGACGACUGCCUGGUACUGACAUCCUUGCUGUGCAAGGAGCUGGGCCUCCGCGGCUGCCCCCCAGCUGCCAUGGGCCUGGCAAAGCGGAAGAGCCAGACGCAGUCUCACCUGCUGCGGUGCCGCGGCCCCCGCUGGCCCGCGCCUUCCCUCUACGCGGUGCCCUGCUGCCCGCUAGAGGUGCCCGAUGACGUGGAGCGGGCUGCUCGGGUGGUGCCCCUUCCCGGGGUCAUGAAACUGGAGUUUGGGGCCGGGGCGGUGGGCGUGCGGCUGGUGGAGGACGCCUCUCAGUGCCGCGCCCACUUCGCCAAGAUCUCCCAGGACCUGCAGGGGGAGGCCGACCACCCGGGCAUCGGGCUGGGCUGGGGCAAUGCCAUGAUGCUCAUGGAGUUCGUGGCAGGCACGGAGCACGACGUAGACGUAGUGAUGUUCUCAGGGAGGCUGCUGGGGGCCUUCGUCUCAGACAACGGCCCCACCCGCCUCCCGGGCUUCACGGAGACCGCAGCCUGCAUGCCCACGGGGCUGGCCCCGGAGCGGGAGGCCCAGCUGAUCCAGGCCGCCUACCAGUGCUGCCUGGGCUGUGGGCUGCUGGACGGCGUCUUCAACGUGGAGAUGAAGCUGACCGUGGCGGGGCCGCGGCUGAUCGAGAUCAAUCCCCGCAUGGGCGGCUUCUACCUGCGCGACUGGAUCCAGGAGCUGUAUGGGGUCGACUUGCUGCUGGCUGCCGCCAUGGUGGCCUGCGGCAUCCCGCCCGCCCUGCCCGCCCAGCCCAGAGCCCGGACCCACCUGGUGGGGGUCAUGUGUGUGGUGUCGCAGCACCUGCAGGCGCUGAGCUCCACGGCUAGUCGGGAGGCUCUCCAGGCCCUGCACGAGCGGGGCCUCAUCCGCCUCAACCUGCUGGAGGAGGAGUUGGUGCCGGGAGAGUACGAGGAGCCGCACUGCAGCAUCGCCUGUGCGGGCAGCAGCCCGACCGAGGCCCGCCAGCGCCUGCUGGGGCUGUGCCAGGGCCUGGGCAUCGACUCCCCAAACUACCCCGUAGCCCAUUUCUUGUCUCAUUUCAAAUAGCAGUGGGGGCAGGGGGAGGAGCCCUAGGGCCAGGCCUUCAUGCGCUGGGCAGGAAGAGGGGGUGGAGUCCCAGGUAAGGCUGUCCGGGAGCGGAGAGGAAAGAGGAGCUGUCCCAGGAUAUCUGCCUGUCCUGGGAAGGAGAGGAGGGACCCCCGCCCCCGGAGAAUGAGGUGGCCGGGAGGCCGGGAGCAGCGCUUCCAAGAGAGGAUAUCGAGGUUUGGGAGCCAGAGCGAGGAGGGAGAGGGUUCCUGCCCCUACCCAUCUUUAGCUUGGCGGGGAUCAGGAGACCGCUCUGUGGCCAAGCCGAACCCUACCUUUGCCUUCUAGAGAAAAGGUUGGGAGGCACUUUUCAGAUCCACUCCCACCCCUUCUAUUUCCCUUUCAAGAGCUCUACCAGGGGAUAGGCAACUGCCCAAGGCCCCAGGGGUGCAGGAGCCAGGCCUUGAACCCAUCACCCCUCUCCCAGCAGCCUCUCGGCCUGGCCCGCCCCCUCCCCCACUGUACCAUCCCACCCCUCACCCUCUCUAGGCCCUUCCUGUCCUUCUAACCCAGUCUCUCCUAGGGCCUGAGGCGCCCAAUGCUUCUGCUAGGAGAGAAAGUCAGCCUCUCCGAUCUGGAGCUGCCUUUACCUCUUUCCUCCCUGCUGGCUGGAAUGAAUGCCCCCUGCUCCACCCCUUUCACAUCCCCA